AUGGCUAACGGUCGUAUUGUCUGUCCUUACGACAAAUGGUGUUUAUUGCAGGGUCUUAAUCUUUCUGAUAUAUUGGUGGAAACAGAAAAGCGCGGGUCAUCUUUUGAUGAACUGCUGACUAUUCCUGAACAGGAUGAUUGGAUAUAUAGUGAUGGGAAGUCAACAUCAUGCAUUGCUUUUGUCCUUGAAAUGUAUAAGGAGGCAGGGCUUUUUGAUCCAAUUGCUGACUCUAUUCAAGUCACUGAAUUCACGAUCAAAGAUGCUUAUACUCUAAGGUUUUUCGAGAAUAAUUCAAGCCGGCUGCCAAAGUGGUGCAAUGAUGCAGAUGAUGUAAAGCUUCCUUAUUGUCAGAUUCGAGGGAAGUAUCGAAUGGAACUACCCGGAUAUAAUUCCGUGGAUCCAUACCCCCAUAUGAAUGAACGAUGUCCUUCUAUGCCUCCAAAGUACUCUAGGCCACGAAACUGCUAGACAGCUUUGCUUCUGCCAGUGGUCAACCACUACUGUUAGCACAUCUAUCGUUUAGACCAAUUGUAUGCAAAGAUGCUCAAGAAUGUGUUCCAUAUCAGUUGUAAAUAUGGUAAUUAGACUGGUAGUUGAAGAUGUCAGGUAUUGGAUUGUUUUACAUGAUAAAUAUGGAAAAUUAAUGCGGAUAGAAUUAUGAUAUCCAUUCUUUUGUUCAAAUUUUUGGUUUUAUGUGGAGCUGCAACUGCAAAUUUUGCUUGUUUUAUGAUGCACAUUCGGUGAGUGCUUGUGGAAAAAGUAGU